AUGUCCGUCAAGUACAAAAUACCACGCAAAAAUUUAAGUUCAAGAUGUAUUCCAUACGUAAUUUUUAUUCACAGAUGAAAUAUGCACGUUCCUGCAGUUUUUAGAAAAAUCAACACAGUAAAAGUAAAAUUUCAAAAUGUGUAUGCCAUAAAUCCAGGAUUUUGGACAGAUAACUGCAGCAAAAAUGAGUUAAGAAUAUGCGAGGGUAAAAAUCUUAGUGGAACAGUAUUUACAGAAGCAGCUUCUAAAGUAACUGACAAAUUGUAUAAAAAUAUAAACGAAUUGUUUAAAAAAGCAGGGCCACAGAUCAGUUUAGCACAACCAAGAUCCUUAUAUAACCCCGAUAAAGAAUAUUGGUUUGUAACAGCAGUUGUUGAAUUAAAUAAAAAACUAGGUUACAAUGAGUUCGAUACAAUCGAUGCAAGCAAGAAAGUAAAUAGACAAGUGACUGAAAUUGGCGUUCGUACCUUGAGCAAAGGAGUGAUAAGAAGUCUAAUUGAAUAUAUAGAUUAUCUUGGGCAUGGAGGAGGAGGAGGAACGGCUUUGGUAUUACACAACUGCGGUGCUGGAAGUUUUCAAUUUGGCUCGUUCCAGGCCAAAUGUGUAAGGUGCUUGUCUAACUUCGUAGCUACAAGAAUGAUGUCUCAUAAUGUUGUAGAAGAUAAUAUAAAUGAGUUUUGUCAAUGUGAAAUUAAAACAACGGUGACCAACAAAGACAGGUUUAAUUUUAAAAAAAUUAACUGAUGCUCGACGGUUACUCCAGAUUUAUGUAAACCACUAUUAGUUAUUAAGACAAAUUUAUUACAUAUGGAGUAUAUCCAUUAAAAUAUGAAAGUUAUGCCACAUACAUCCUUUCUAAAAAUAUAAUUUUUGAUAUAAUGUCUAUUGGUUCAACCAAUACAUCUAGUUUUAAUGGAUAUAAACCACAACCACAAAUCAAAAAUAUAGUGAAUUGUAAUUGUGAAAAUUGCUUAGCUAAAGCUACUUCCAAUAGUUAUAAACAAAACUCGAUAUCAUUUACAAUUAAAACUUGAAUUAGGAGAGCUUAAUAAUGAAGUAUAUACAACACUGUGGCAACAUUCGUCCACGUUGUUAUGUAACUUCCAUAGCCUCUUAACAUCGUAUUAGUUUUAUUGCAUAUUGGAUAAUUUUUAAUAGAAAAAUAAAUUUAAUUAUGGCGUCUUUUAUGAAGGGAAAGGUUAAGCAAAGUUAAUUAGUUAUUUUUCUAAAUUUAAUUGUUUCAACUGAUUACAUUGAAUUAUAACUCAAAAUAGCUUAACGGGUUGACUUAACUUAGGCUCGAUUGUAUCUCCUUGAUCAAUUAUUAAGUCCGCCGGGGGAUGAACGCAGAAUAAAUUACUCACAAAUCAAUAAUUAAAAAUCAAUGUUCUCAAUUUUUAGCGCAUCAUUAUUUAAACCUAUCCUAGAUCCACGGCAUAUCCCACAAAUAUGCCGUGUAACUUGGUAAGGAAAUGGGAAUUCAAGGGAGAAAGAGUUUGUUUUUAAAUGAACUGUAUUUCUCAUUUUUUAUUUGGGAUGACUUUAUGAACUGACAGCUGGUCACUGUCGACUGAUAGAAACGUUUUAAUUGAUUCUUCAAUCUUUAAAUAGGUUAAAUAAAUCCCCUCUGAAUAUAGCUUAGCAAGCGCUUCAAAUAAUUAUCCACAAAAUCUAUUAAAUCCCUCAAACAUAAUAUUAAAUUUAUUUUAAGUUAGUGAGUCACAAUUAAGUUGCCUUCUUGUUUGUAAGUUAAAUUUAUUGUAACCUGCUAAGAUAAAUGUUAUUUUCUACAUGUCUACUGGAGAAAAGAAACAGAUAAAAUUUUGAAAAUACAGCUUUUUAAUUCUAUCUUGU